GAACGGGUCGAACAAACGGUUGCUGUUGAAAAACACACCGCACGUAUUGGCUGUCAACAAACUUCUAAGUUUGUCCGAGAAAUUUGAUCAUACCUCUUGCACAAUUGAUAUUGGCCAUGAAUGAAAGGAAAGAUUGGAGCUAUUUGUUUUUCUUUGCGGCACCAUAAGCGCGUGGUAGCAUGGAGGGUCAAUUAAAACACCAUAUGAAGAAUCCAGCCGCUGUAGAGGAUGUGGCUGGUUCCAUUCAAGAAGGUGGGACUUCUCAGAGAAGUAGAAAUGAAAUUCAACAAUUAUCACCAAAUAAAAAGGAAUCAAGUGGUACUGCAGAUUCCACUUUACAAUCAUCAAUAUAUUCCACUGCAGAAGAGGAUCCACAUGAUGUGCAAUCUGUUUCUAAUGGCCUUAAUGAGUCCUCAAAAAAAUCUGGACAAAUAUUGUCCACAGAUCAGCUCUAUGACCGCAUAAGGCAUCUUGAAGACAUUUUAGCUGGGAAAGAAGCUGCUCUGCUAGCUGUCACCCAAGAAUUAGAUGCUGUGAGGGAAAUGAGUUGUAUUGAUGCCUCUAUUGGUCCUCUCUCAUCUGGUUUUGAUGUUGAUUUCAAAGCUUCAAUUGCUGAAUACAAUAGAAAACUUCAAGAGCAUGCUUCUGCAUUGCGUCAAAGAGAUGAAUACAUAAACAAGUUGGCUGAGUCAUUAAAACAAAGUGUUCUUGAUCGUGAAGAGUUAAAACAGGAAGCAAGUCAGCUUACUACACAAGUUCACACACUCCAGACUCAACUUCAAGCUGUUAAACGGCAAAUGCAACAACCGCAGACCAAGUUCCUAGAUGCUCUGAAAGACAAAGAGGCUCAGUUGCAGAAAAAAACUGCUGAAUUGAAUCUCUGCAAAGCUCAAUCAUCAAAAGAGGUGCAGUAUUUGAUGAGCUCACUUGAAGAGCUGCAACAACGUGCAGCUAGGAGUACAUCAGCUUCUCCACCAGCUUCAAAGACCAAAGAAGAAUCAGAUCUCAAACAUUUAACUGAUCUGAGGCUCCAGUAUGAUUCUGACAAGAAACUGUUUACCAAACAUAUUACUGAGGCUCAGGAGACUGAAGCUUUCCUCAGGAAACAACUAUCUGCUGCCCAGAAAGAAUGUGAAAACUUAAACUUGGAACUAUCUACCAUAAAACUGGCAUAUGAAACCCAAAUGACUGUCUGCAGGGAUCAGCAUGAGCUGGAUCAGAGACUUGAAGAACAACAAAGUCUUGAAGAAAAGUUAAGUUUGGCUCAUCAAAAAUUGCAGGAAAGUACCAAACAAGCUUUAGAAUUGGAGAAAGAGGUACAUGUUUUAAGGGUACAGUUGAAAGACAAGAAUGAAGUUUGCAAGAAACAAGGAGAUAAGAUCCAGCUACUCCAGAGUCAAACACAAGAAUAUGCAACUGAUAUUGCUACAUGCCACCAAACACUAGAACAGUACAAGAAAAGGAUUGAUGAACUGCAGGCUAAACACUCGGAGGACAUAGUUCAUAUGGAGGCAAAUCACCGUACUGAGGUGAUGCAUUUUAAUCAAAGGAUUUCAGAACUACAAAAAGUAAAUGACAGGCAGUUACACAACAUGCAUCAGGAUUUCAAUCGAAUGAAACAAAGACAAAUGGAAGAGCUUGCCAUGAAGCAGUUGUCUCAUGAAAAUGAGGUUAAUACUAGUAAGCGAGAUGCUGAAAGAUAUAGAGCAGAGCUAAGAGAGAAAAACAAACUGUUAAAUAUUCAAGAACAACAGCUUGAAGAAGAACGUCAGUGGAGUCGGACGUAUAGUCAACAGGUUCAGGAGUUGGGUGAAAAAUUAAAUGAAGAGGAGGACAAAAGUGAAGAAUACCGAGAAAAGAUUGAGUCGCUUGAGCAACAGCUCAAAGAAAUAGAUCAAGCAUGCACCUUACACCAGCCUCAAAUUGAGUUUUUACACAAACAGCUAAUGGAUGAGCGACAGAAAUCCACCAAUAUAUUACAGCAGCUUGAAGAUGUCCGUAAGCAAUUAUUACUGGAGCAAGAGAGGUGUAAGGCCUAUGGUGUAAGCAUAGAAGAUGCAAAUUCUAAAGUAAGGGAAAUGCAAAUAAAAAAUUCAGAAAUUAAGACACAAGCCUUAAAAUUGGAUCAGAGUUCAAAACUAAAAAUGAAGGCUGAUCAACAAAAAAUCAAUGCUCUUCAAAGUGAAAUCCUAUCACUAAAGGAGCAGCUAUGUAGAGAGCAAAGUCAGGUUGAAUCCUACAGAGUUGAAACAGAAGUCCUGAAUGAGAAAUUGAAAAGCCUUUCUUUCCUGCAAAAAGAUUUGGAAAAUUCUCAAAUGCUCCUGGAGGGUGAAAGACAAACGUCAACAAAGUGUAAAAUCGAAAUUGAAAACCUAAACAGAGAGUUAAUACUUCAAAAGAGCAAGUAUGAAGAAGAUUGUGGAAAGCUGCUUUCACAAAUUCAGGAAAGCAAUAUCUCUAUUAAAACCUUAGAGGAAAACUACAAAGAACGUGUUUGUAGUGAAGGUCAACUAUCUGAUGAUGAUGCAAAUAAACAAAGCAGUCUAGACAGGAAGCAGUUGCAAGAUUCAUUAACAGAGUAUUUGUCUCAGGUGACAUCUCUUGAGGUAAAGAUAGAAGUACUUCAAGAGAAAAACAUAAACUUAAUUAAAGAAAGGGAAGAAGCAGAGGCACAGUUGAAAAUAGUGAAAGAACAUCUAAAGAUUGCUAAAGAAGAAUUUGAAAAUAGCUCUUCUGCACUAAGAGAUGAGCUCUCUAAAAAAGAUUUAGAGAUACAAGAACUUCGCAAAAUGAAUAAUGAAACUUCUAUGCAGAGGAGUGAGAUCGAGUCUUAUAAUUUACAAGUUAGAGAACUUAUUGCUUCAAAACAUGCUUUGGAAAAAGAACUUUCUGUAGAAAAAGCAAAAUAUGGUGAGGAAAUUAAAAUCUUAAAAGAUCAAGUCGUUAACCUGCAGGAAAUUUUAAAAUCUUCUAUUCAAUCAUCCGAAGGUGAGACAACUCUUCAGGAUGUUAAGUUUCCUGUCAAGGAUUUACCUCCUAGUUUUGCAAAAGCAAUGUUGUCUGCAAGAGUAUCAAGAAUAUCAGAAGCUGUAGCUCACUGGUUUAAAAGAUGUGAAGAUCUAGAAAAAGUAAAUUUAGAGCUGAAAAUUAAUGUAAAAGAACUACAAGCACAGCUUUUUGAAGCUGAUAGUGAAGUCAAGUGCAAUCGUUCACCACCUCAGAUCCAGUCUAUUGAUACUGAAAAGAGAUGGUGCACAUGUGAAGCAAUAUUUAGCAAAGAGAGAAAUACUUUGAAGAAUUCAAUUGAAAUGCUUCGCAAGGAACUUGUUGAAAAAGAAUUGCACUAUGAAGACAAAAUGAGAAAUGUGUUACGGAAAAGCAAAAAUUUUACUCAGACUUCUGAUACUAUCGAUAGUGUUGCAAAUCUAAUCAAUGAUUUUUCUUGUAUUGCCAAAGAAAAAGUUAUGCUGGAAAAUGACCUGAGGAAGGUCAAACUUGAAUGUGAAAUGUAUUCAUUUGACAAUUGUAGGCUAGCUGAAAAUUCAGAGAGAGCUAAUAAAUUAUUGGAAGAGUCUUGGAAAGAACACAUCACACUUGCAAGUGAUUUACACAAGUCUCUUAAAGAAAAUAGUGUUGUACGAGCUCGAUUGAUGAGAUUGGAAACCAUAUACGAGUCCAUCAAAGAGAAAUCAACUGCUCCGAUUGACUUAGUUUGGCAAUUGAUUGAAGAACUUUCAAGUGCACCAAUAGAGAAAAGCCAUUCACAGGAUAACACACACAAACCUGGUAUUUUAGAAAAAAUUGAAUCAGUGAUCAAAAUCAUCACCAAGAUGAAUUCUGAUUGUGAAUCAUUAAUUGUAAAGCUUCAGAAAGAUGAGGACAAAACUGUAUGUGGCUACCUCCAGUCUGAAGCUCUUGGACUGCGUCGACUUCAAUCUUUAUUGCUUGAAACUCAGCAAACAAUUGUUAGCAAGGUGGGACCAGCUCUACAAUUGCAUGUUGAUUUAUUGACUAGACAGCUGGCAGAUAAACAGAUAGCUUUUCAAGAUAUUUGUGAGGCACAUUACUCAUUGGAAGCAGAAAUGCGCGAAAUGGAAAAAAGAUUCCAGCAGCAGGAAGAACAUUUGCAAGAAGAGCUCUCUAAACAAAAAGCUUCCGUUAAGUUGUGGAAACUAAGAGCACAAGCUGCUCAAGUACAAAGUUCAGCCUCACGUAUUGCUGAUGACAGUCAGUGUGAAAAUAUCUCACACAUUCUGGAAGAGAUGGAUUCUGUCCACUCUCAAGCCAUGACUUUAUUGCAUGCUGAAAUGGAAAGAGUAGCAACAAUAAGGGAGAAUAAAGUAAGACUAGAAAUGUCUGAUAAACUUCAUGCUGCUGAGAAAAAGUUUAAACAGCAAUUUGAUGAAAUAGAAAAGAGAAUCAAAACUGAAAGUAGUGUGAGAGCCUUGCAAGUAUUGCACCAACAAGAAAUAGAUGCUGUACGUGCUGAAUGUGAUCUUACUCGAAUCAAAGCGAUUCACAAAUUGCAGGAACAGCUACCAUCAUUCUUUACUAAACCACCUGAAGUAAGCCCUAACUUGUCUUGCAGUAAUCUAUCACUACGGUUUAUGAAACAUCACAUAUCUACCAAUUACAACAAAGCUCUCCAAAAGGUAUCAUCGACCCUUCAAAAUGAGUUGGGUCAGCAACUCUCUCUAUUUGUGGACGACCUAAGGAAAACUUGUACUCUCAAUGACUCGGAGCUUGAUAUUCUUAUACAUGAUGCGGAUUGUCUCAAUAAUUUUGAAAAUGUGGUUGCAAGGGCCCAUGAAAUAGGAGAAAAGCUUUUAGAUAUGCAGACAUCAGGACUUCAAUCAAUCCUUUCUAUUUGUGAGUCAAAUCACAACUUGAUGCUUGAAAAAGUUCAAGAGAUGUCAAAAGAAUUUAAUACUCAUUGUGGUAUAAAAAAUCAACAUGAUGAAUUAAUGAAAGCAAAAGAGGAACAUCGCCUAACUAUAGAAAGCAUGUCUGCCGCUCAUAAGGCUGAAGUUUCUCGUCUUCGACUUCUAUUAACACAGCAAAAUGUGGGGGAAACUUCUGAACCUAAUGAAACUGCCUUAAGUGUGCUUCAUAAAGAACUGGAAGAAAAACACAAAAAACAAAUGGAAGAAUUACGCACAUAUUUUGAACAAAAAUGUGCAGAUUUUGAGAAGCAUUACUCAGAAGAAGUGUUUAGCCAACACAGUCGUAAGCUUUCUGAUUGUAGUUCUGCAUCGGAGUCAGAGCUUGUCUCAGAGAUGUACUAUGCAGGGCCAGGAUCAUCUAAUUGCGCUGUUCCUAGUGGUCCAUCUCAUUUUUGUGAUUUACUAGGAGAAAGCAGUUUUAAGGACAUCGAAGAGCAGACUCCUACAGUAGAUGUAGAAAAACUGUUUUUAGAAAAUAGAGAGCAGCUUGAGACUCUGCGUCUAGCCUUAGAAAGUCGGCACCAAGGGGAAUUAGAAGCUCAGAAGGAGCUUUUUGAAGGAAAAGUAGAAGAACUUCUUCGUAACAUGAAUGAGAGCCAUGCAGCUGAAUUGAAACUUCAAUCCAGUCGUAUGCAAGAAAUGAAAGAUGAAGAAGUUGAACUAAAUAAGAAACUUUUGGAGGCUGAAAAUGAAAUUAAACAUUUAAAACAACAGCUGUCUUCUGUUCACCAGAGAGACAGCUUAUCAUCAGGGGAACAAUUGGAAUGUGAUAAGAAAGGUGAUGUGAAACAACAUGAUAAGCAGACACAAUCCCAAUUUGAAGAUGAAUUGAAGAGAAUGGCUGAUGUUUUAAAACGCAGGGAUUCUGAAAGCUCUGCACAAAUUGCAGCCCUUAAAAUAAAACUUAGACAAAAUCAAGAAGACAUGUCAAAACUGGAAAAAGAUAUGUCAAAUUUGAGGUCAAAACAUGAAUCUGAUGUCCAAUCUCUCAUUUCAUCAAAUAAUGAAAAAAAUACAAAGAUUAAAGAAUUAAACAAUGAAAUUCAAGAGCUAUCAUUACGCAUAGAAAAAUGUAAUUUACUGAAGGAAAAAGCAGAAAUGGAAUGUGAUAGAAUGAAAGAGGAGUGUGAAAGUCAGAUGCAAAUAAAGGACAAGGAAUGUGAAAGUCAGAUUAAUGAUUUGAAAUCCGCUUUGAACAAAGAACGACUUGUUCAAAUAGAAGAACAGAAAAGUAUUCAGGAAAAAAUUAACAGCUCAGUUGAAGAGAAGAGAACAUUGUUGGAAGCAGAGUAUACUGAAUACCUUGAGUUUGUUAAAAAGUGUGCUGAUGAAACUAAAGUGCAACUAGUUAGUAAACAUGAGGAUGAAGUGAAGCAAAUCAUUGAUAAAUAUGAGAAAGAAUUGGCUUCUUUUAGGAGUCCUUCAAAAAGUAAUUCCAGUCAAGCUGAUGGAGAGCCUCUAAUUAAAAGCAGCUUCACAAAUUUGUUGGAUAGUGAGAGAUAUAAUAAAGAAUCAUCACUUCAGAAUUGUCUUCAGGAAUUGUUAAAGUUGGUUGAAUCGCAGGUGGAAAGUCAACAAGAACCAUUUGAGAAGAUUGUUGUUAAGUUAUGCAAUGAAGUAGACCAAUACCAGCAAAUCUUACAUCAAGAUCUUGAGAUGAAACUUGAAAGUGUCCAAAAAGACUGUGAAAAACGUUUCCAACUACAGUUAGUAGAAGCACGGGGUGAUAUUGUCCAGGCACUUGAGAAGCAAAUUCAGCUACUUCUUGAUGAUAAUACUAAUGUUGACGAUAAGCCUCCUGAACUACAGCAGUUAGAGAAAAAAUUAGCCUCAAAGUAUCAUGAAAAAUUGAUGAAUAUGCAAACAGAAUAUGAAGCUAAGAUAUCAGAACUAAAUGCAAAGCAUGCAUCGCAGUUGUCAUUGGCUCGAAGUAAGAAACAGUCUAAACAUGCUAUUAUUACUGCUGAAGAUUUAGAUAAACUCUAUAGAGAACGCGACUGUCUUCGAAGUGUUGCUGCAACCUUACGUGAUGUGGUGGCAGAAUUGGUUCGAUAUUUUGUGUCAUGGGAAGAUGACUUCAAUAACACUUUAAUGGAUGAACUAGUGAAGCUAGAAGCAGGGAGAGAUGAUGACAUUCUGACUGUCACUCACCAAGACCAUGACAAUAGUGUCAUGUUGAACCAAUCAUGUGAUGUCAGUCAAAGAGACUCCACUGCUAGUGAAGAUGAAAUGCCCAUCAUAGUAGCAACACCAGCUCGAGGGAGGCGCUUGUCGUCUUGUGUUAAACGGGUGCAUUUUGCACCUGAUGUUUCUGGCAUCCUAUCUUUAAUUGAUGAUGGAUCUUUAUUUGAAAGUGUUGGUUUAAACUGUAGCAUGCGAGAUGCCUCAUUGAAUUUCCAAGAAGAGCUUGAUCGAUGUUUAGCUCGGUUACGCAGUGACUCUGCAGCAUUAUAUGCCUUAUCAAAGCCUGCUCUACCCUCUGUCUCAUCAAAACAAUCAUGUGCCAAUCUAUCUAAUGAAGAAUCACCUUCGGGCGAUCAAUCUGGAAAACUAUCAGAUGCUCUCCAAACUAUUGCACGACUUCAGAGAGAAAAUGAAGGGCUUCAGAAUGAGUUGAAAAUUUUAUGUGAAGAACAAGAAAAGUCAUUUGCUGAGCUUCAAGCCACUCGCCAGCGUCUUAAUAGUUUGGAGCAAGAGGCACGCCACCAAGCUGAGGUGGUUGCUGAAGGAUAUGGAGAAGGCGAGCAAUCAAUGACAUGUGACUUUCCAAGCAGUCCUCGUGCAACCACCGUUGAAGAAUUGCAAAAUAAAGCUCGAUCUCUUCUCUUGGGAACUAGUAAUACUGAAGAAGUGUCUGGAGUAUUAUCUCCAAAUUCAAGUCAACAUUUGCCCCACAUUGUAGAGGAAUUGUGUCGUGACUGGGAACGUUUGGCAGAAGAUUCUAGGCAUAAACAUGAAGACUUGCAACAACAGGUUGAAGCAGUAGACAAACAGCUGCGGGCAACUAGGGCAUUCAUGGAUGAACAAGCAGCAGAACGAGAACAAGAACGUGAUGAUUAUGUUGAAGAAAUUAAGCGCUUGCAUGAACUGGUUCGGGACAAAGACCGCGAUCGGAGCUCUCAUCAACUUAUGAACCAUGAGUCAACCCGUGAAAUAUGCAUGCACCUGAAGCACCUUGGCACUUCAAUAUCUGUAGAGUCUUUAGAGGGUCAAUUGAAAGAGAGUCAGGCUAUACUUCAGGACAAACAAGAAAAGCUAGAAAAAUUGAGUGCUGAGCACAAACAAGCUGUUGAAAAGAUUUGGACCUUAAGAGACAUAAUAAGUGAUUUAGAAUGCCAAGUAGCUACCAAAGCUGAGGAAGCAGCAACUGUGUCAGCGCAAAAUGAUGCUCUUCGUCAAAUGGUUGAACAACAAGGCCGUACUCAGCUAGAGCUUGCUCAAGAAAUGGAGCAGCUGCAGCUUUGUACCAAUGAUGGCAGACUUGUUGAACGAAUUAGUCAAUUGGAAGAACAACUCAGUAAACACCAGGCUUUGGCAGAGCAGCUAGGUGAUCCAAGCUUCAUAGAACAAAUGAAAAUUCAGCUGCAAGACCUAACUGCGUCUCUUGAGUUACACACACGAGAAUUAGAAUGUGCAUAUGUUAAUAGCACACUACCAGCCAGCCCUUGUUUGAGUUCACCAUCAGAGGAUGUAUCUGUUCGAGAAACAAUUGAAGCUAUUCGUGCAGCUGCUGAGAAAGAUGCUUCUCAGCAAUCAGAUUCUUGUUUAGUUUUACCUUUCAAUGAAGUUUCAAGAGUUAUGGACCAAUGGCAAAGACAUGCAAGAGCUGAUGAUGCAGUUCUUAAAAAAAUACGUGAGUUGGAUAUGCAAGUGGAUGACUUGCAAGCUGAAAAAGAAGCUCUAGUCAAUAGACUCCAAGAGCAAAUGCACCUUUCAUCCUCACUACAAGCGAAACUCGAAGAUCAUAGAAGGAAAGCUGAUGUAAAGCUCACUGAGGCCACAGCCGAAAUGCAAAGUCAAAUAGAGGAUCUAAGAAGUGGGAUAAGUAGUUAUUCAGAAAAUUUAGAAGCUCGAGAAAAGCAGGUUGAAAGUCUAAGAGCAGCCUUGUGCCGUGCUGAAAAUGAAUUAAGAGGACGGGAUGCGGAUAUAAAGAAUAACGCUGAGCUUGAACGCAAUAUUGCUGCUCAACUGCAGUCUCAGAUAUCUAAGCUAAGUGCUGACAAAAAUAAGCUUCAGGCACUGCUUUCAGAAAAAGAUGAUAUGCAUGUUUCCAUACCUGCCCUUGUUGAAUCAAUGCUGCUUGACAAAAAUGCUGAUAUUGACAGAUUAGAACAACAAGUCCAUCAUUUGACCAAGCAGAUGGAGCUGAGUAGUCACUAUGUUGUAACACCUAGCACUACCGUAGAAUUUGAAUAUUGUGAAUCUGAGAAAGUACGUGCACAUGUUGCCUUAUCCCCUGUUAUGGAACUAAGAAGAAGCCUACCUAUACCUGUGAUUAAUGAAAGCACCCUUGGAAAAAGUGAACCGCGGCCAAAUGAUACCCCUCUUUCAUUUAUUGCUCAUCAGACUUCCCUUGAGAACAAUGGAGAGGAAUUACAUCCCGGAACAGAUGUCAGCGUGAAACCUAUUCCAUUAGAGGACACUUUGUCUGAGAUGCAGUCAACUCCACAGUCCCAGCAAAAUUCAAAUAGUCAAAGUGCAUCAGAGACCCUAAGUUCUACAACUGGAACUUUUGAUACGUCAAGUCUUGCUAGUUGUGAAAAGCAGGUGGCAAGCCUUGAACAAGAGCUUGAAGCUAAGACUAAGGAAAUUGAAGACUUAACAAAAAAAUUAAAUGACAAUGCCAAUCUUAUUUCUGAAAUGCAUAUAAAAAACAAGAGUUUGGAAGAAUGUGAGAAAAAAUUGGAAGGAAUAUCAAUCCUAGAAGAAGAACUUGCACAUCUCAGAGAAAGACACGAAACUUUAAAGAAAUUGUAUGAUGACAGAGGUCUUGAGGUUGCACAGCUCACAGAACAAUUGAACCAAGUUCAGGCAAAUACAUUUAGUGUUCAAGAAAAGGAUGAGGAAGUACUUUCUGUAAAACCCUGCCAAGAUGUUUCUGAGCUCAAGGCGAAAGAGUCUGAGAUUCAGCGCCUUAGAAAUGAAGUUUGUGCCACUCAGACAAUUCUCACUAGCUUGCAACGUAAAGUACAAGAAGCCAAACAAAUUGCCAGAUCUCCUAACCGGUCCUCACCAGAAAACAAUCAAGCUCUGCGGGUUGUUCAGAACGAGCUAGAAGCAGCUAAACUGGAGAUUGUUGAGCUAAGAGAGUUAUGCCAGUCAAUCAGGUCUGAAAUGGAGGGAGAAUAUCAGUUAAAACAAUCUGAGUUUGAAAAAAUAUUACAGCGUGAGCAGCAAGAAAAACAAUCUCUUAUGACAACUUUAGAUAAACUAGAGCAAGAAAGUUCAAAAAAACUGCUGAGCAGAAUAGAAAGUGAUCUAAUUGAGGCUAAAAAAAGUGUUUUGGAAAAGGAGAAAGAAAACAACAUGAUGCGCACUGAAAUGAAUCAACUCAAUAUGGAGUGUGUUGCACUUAAAAAUCAACUCAGUACUCCUAUUAGAGAAGCAACUUCUCUGGCACACAAGUUAGAUGCUGAGAAAAAGUUCGCUGAAGCUCUUAAAGAAGAGCUUUUGUUGUUUAAAAAUAGAGCUUCCUCUCUGGAAGAGAAAUGCAAGUCUCUUGAGGAUCAAGUGAAAAAUAUGCAGAUCAUGGACAAAGCUGAACAUUCUGAAGGAAAUAAACAUUUGAGGGAAAUUUCAGAACUUAAAAGACGUGUUGAUGACUCGUUUCUGGAUCGUAGUUUGUUACAAAAGCAAAUUGAGCAACUUUCACAUGACAAUGCUGUGCUUAAAGAAGAAAAUUUUGAAGUAUGUAAAGAACUUUCUGAUAUGAAACAACUUAUAAUUGAAAUGCAUGGGGUGAAUGCAUCUAGAGACAAAGCCCAGAAAUCACUGGUGUCAAAAAGUACUGAAAUAAGUGAGAGUAAGAUGCAAAAUAAUGCCCUCUCGCAAGAACUCUUUUCACUACGAAAAGCUUUGAAGAACAUUCACAAAAGUAUACAUGAUACUUCUGGGUUAGCAGAAGAAGAUCGUCAGACUCUUUUUAAAUUGCAGAGACAAUUUCACAGACCUGAUCUCACUGGUGCAGGAGAUGGCCCAUUUAACAAAUUGACUUUAACAGAAAUUGACAUUAAUGAAAUACCGCCAGAAAACGUUCCUCUGAAAGAAUCUGAAUCUCUUGAAGAUCUCACUGGACUUGUGCAGCAUGAAUUGCAUGUAUCAGUACAGCUAGAUCAUUCUUUAUUGGAAACAAUAGACCCAUCCAGUAAAAAUCCAAGUGUGCCUGUGAUAAAGCAAACUCCAAACGGACGUGGCUUGAGUGAGAAAAGUUUGAGUACUGAGGUGGAAUCUAGAUUGACCCAAGAGGUCAUAUAUGCUCAGGAAAGGAUUCACCAACUUGAAGAUGAGUUGAGCAGAAUGAAAGAUUCUUUCCAGCUAUUAAACACUCAGUUAGAAGCUGAGCGUGCUCAAUAUUACACUUUGCAGCAACAAGAUUGUGAUUUGAUUAAGGAGAUGCGAGUUAAACUCUCAGAGGCUCUAGAUGAUCAAAAUGCUCUUCGAUUACAAUUACAGUCUGAAUUCAAACAAAAAUCUUCUUUAGCUGACUUGAAGGAAGCUCAGGGAUUGGUUUGUACUGAUGCAAAUUCAACUGGCCAUCGUCCAGUAAAUGAAAAACUUCAGGUACGGUAUUAUGAGGAAUCUGAACUUACAAAGUUGCGUUUGGAGAAAGAAGCAGCAGAAAAGCAACUAAGACGAUUGCAGGAGGUAGAAAUUCAAAGAAGUCGUAGGAGAGCUGUCACUGAAGAAAAGCAUAGGCGAAAAAUUGAUCAACUUCAAACAUUACAUGCUGAAACUCAGCAAGAAUGUGUAAUGCUUCGUCAAGAGCUUGCUGCUGUGAACCAGAAACUUCAUGUUGCUCAUGACGAAUUUGCUAAGGACAGAGACACCCAACUUAAAAAUCAUGCUCCAUUCGUUGAGAGAUUAAAGAAUAUGAACACAUUUCUUGAGGAGCAUAUAGAAGAAAAUGUGAGAAUGGCAAAACAAAUGGAAGAUCUUACUGAAGAGCAUAGAAAAUUGCGACGACGAAUUGCUCAACUCGAGGGACAGUUGUCGGAGAAACGAAGUAAUGAAAGUUUUGAGGUAGCCAAUGCACGGUUUGCUGCAGAAAAAGCUGAGUGGGAAGCUGAGCAAAAGAUGUUGCUACUGGCUUUAAAUGAAGCCAAGCAAAAGCAUAUGCUCUGUUCCGAUUCUGAUGUAGAAGAAAGGGUAAGCCACCUUUUCGGACGAUACCUUCGUAUGCAGAGCUACAGAAAAGCUUUGGUGUGGCAAAAACGGUAUCUUCUUUCAGUGAUUAGUGGACUAAAUGAAUCAAAAUCACUAACAUCACAUUACCUCGCAAACUCAAUUGAAAAUAACAAAGUUUUAAAGCGUAAUCCUCUCAGAAGGUUUAGAUCUGUUGUGAUGGUGAUGAUGGCUGUUCAUCGGAUGCAAUUUAUGGUUGAGAGAUGGCUUCGUGGUAAACGUAUUGGCUGUGGUGUAGUAGUGCAGCAGACUGUUUCUCACUGUGCAUUUUCAACUUCAUCUAUUCCUCAAGGCCAUAGCUCACUCUUUACUGCCACCCACAUACCAACAGAGGAGAUGCGCAGUGGUCUCUCUCAGUCCCCUCCUACUUUGGAAAGACCUCGUCAACUUAGGACUCAACAUUUAUCAAGCUCACAGUAUCCAAGGCUCUCUACAAGCAGCAGAGGCCCAUCUAAUAGUCUCUCUGAAUGUGUAUCAAAUUUUAAUUUGGUACAGCAGCGAUUUGAUGCAUUAUUAUUAAAUCCACCAAAGUAAAUUAAUUGCAGUUGUUUUGCACUAUUUCUGUUCUUGAUCCUCAACCUAGGCAAUUAAGAAAAAUGUAUGUAUGCAAUAUCUGCGCCUGCUAGUCUUCUUAGUUCCAUGUUAUAAUGUAGUAGCCCACCAAAGUGCUUUAUACUUGUAAAGAAGUAUUACUUUACAUGUUACCUGCCAUUUAUUUCUUGUACUGUUGUUGCAAUUAAAUGCUCAUAGCAGGCAUGACUUUAAUUUUGUCUGUUGCCAUAGUCCAGCCAUACAGUAAUUAAAAUAAAAUAGAUAACAGUAGACAUUUUUGUGGGGGUACUUGACUACUUUGAGUUUUCAUAAGGUGUUGUGAUACUUAAAUCUAAUCUAGAUAAUUGCACAUUUAAGCAACUACCAACAAACAUUUUUUUAUAUUUAUAUAUAUUUGGAUUAUUUUCCUUGUAUGUGGUUUUGUUUGUCUUAUUUUGAGUAUGCCUGACUGCAUUUGUAUAACUGAAAUUUCUAUCUACUAAAUGUACGGUAUUAUGUAUUACCAGAAGAAUUCAGUUUAAUUUAGUUCUAGUAUAAACAAGCAUUGUAAGGCUGCAUUGUGAUGAAAAUAGAGUACCUGUAGAAAUAGUUUUAAGAGUAUUCUUCACUAUUGUAACUUAAUUGAUUAACACGUUGAGUGCGACGUGACCCACACGGUUGGGCCUAAUAACAUAUUGCAUACCCCCGCCGCACUCAACGUGUUAAUGAACUUUCUGAAAUCUUUUUAUCUGUGCCUUUAAUUUCAGACAAGUUUUAAAAUUGUACUUUAGAUUAUGUACUUUCUAUGCAAAUGUAAUUUAAAUUUGAAUUUGUGUUCUAUUGCACCUGGGAGACUUUUACCAACUGUAAAUAUACCAACAUACCUCAACAGAAAUUGAAUUUGUAUUGCUAAUUUUUCCAGCUGAACGUUUUUGAUUUUAAAUGAGAUGUUUGAUUUUUUAUCUGUCAACUUCCUUUUCAAAUGUGUUUACUUUUAUUCAGGGUCAGCUGGACUACUUUGAGUUUGACACAAACUUGAUCCAUGUACUGACUGAUUUAUGUAAAAUAAAUUAUGUGCAUCAGCUAUA